AUGGAGACAUUUGCUGCAACGUUAUUCAUUGUCGAAAACCCCUCUCACAAGAAACACGCGCUUGUGUCACCUCUUGUUCACACAUUUUUUGCAUGGAUUGUGCAAACCAUCACUUUUCAAAAGCACUCGUAUGUCCAGCAUGUGAAACUAGUCUUACCCAAAGGUGAGUGUCUCCUUCAAAGGAAUGACACCGUUACUUAUCCCAUUCCUCCCACCAGCGAUGAUAUCGUCUUGUCCGAGCUUAAUCCAACGGAGCAAUAUAAAUCGUCAGUGUUGGCAGGAAUGCGACCCGAUAUCAUUAUGGAUAUAGCAAGCCGAGCCAUUGCAUUCUAUCAUUAUCAGACUACGCAAGAGAUUUGCUAUCGAGCUAUGGUCCACCAAACGUUGGAGACAAGAUGUAACACUUUUCAAGAAAGGCUGCGGAACGUCUCAAGCGAGGCACAGCGGGCUCUUCAAGUCGAAAGAGAGCAUACACAAGUUGCCAGGCGAGAGCAGGAGCAAGAAAAGCGUCGUGCACAUGAUCUUCAAAUGCAGCUUCAAGAAAAAGUGAGGCAAUUUCAAAAACUGCAGACGCUCUAUGAGAAACUUAAACGUAAAAUGCUGACAUCAAGCAUGCAACAAUCGAUGAUACAGCACCAAGACAAUGCAUCCAUGUCAACAGGAGGCAAUAUUCAGCAACCAAUGCCAAUGGCGCCUCGACCACCAAUCUCUUUUCCUUCAAAUAAUUUCGAAUCAGCUCCUGGCACCUACAACAACAAUGUUCCCACAGCUACAAACACACCCGCGCAUUCUAUGAUAUAUCAACUACAACAACAAGGGCGACCACCACCACCACCGCUUGGAUCCUUUGAACGUCCACCUGCACCACCAACAACGUUAGAGCCAUCCUUUCAGCCUCGUAUACCGCGUCGCCCAAAUUCAACUUUACCACGUCCUUUCAUACCAAAUACACCAAAUGCUCCAAUGACAAACGAACGAUUUGCUCAUCAUCGUCAGCCAUUCGACAACCAAACAGUAGCAGGAGUUCACUUUCAGCAUCAUCCACAACAUCAUUAUCAUAAUAUGCAACGUGGUAGUAUGAGGAUGGUAAAAGCUGCACGACCCUUGAAUGAUAGUGGAAAGAUCUAUGCUACAGUGGUAUCACCUCCUCCAGGUCGUCCUCCUAGAAUACCAGCUUCUGUGGCAGCAAUCUCAGUGGCAGGAACAGCUCGAAGAGCAUCACGACGCCCACAGCAAUCACGGAUCAAUUCUCCUUUCCGACCCCCUCCUCCAAGAUAA